AUGAAGUGGAUUAUCUGUCUAUUGUUUGGCUCAAUUGUGUCUUCUUCUGGAUCUUCGGACCUCAACAGACGGCUGCUGAACAACAUCCUAAGCGAUGGCAUGCAGAAUAUGAGUCCUUGCACCGACUACUAUGAAUACGCGUGCGGAAAGUAUGGCGAGCGGCACAUUAAUGACUCCUUCGUCGGAAUUUUCCAGGUGCUGAGCCACAAGGUGAAUACGAACCUCCUCCAACUGAUGGGGGAAAUUGAAGAGCAGUCGAAGGUUAUGUACUUCAACGAGUCGAGUUUGGCGGGGAAGGUUUUGCGAUUCUACCGCAAUUGCCGAGAGGCCCCUCCGGAAACGCGAACGGUAGAGCAUUACUUGAGACUGGCCCCCCCAGCCGAGGGGCUCUCCUGGCCCCCGUUAACCCCCCCUGGUACUUCCUGGCCCGCGGAUAAGUUCAAAUGGAUAGAGACGGUGGCACAUCUGUUCCAUUACGACCUCUCCGCGACUUUGAUCAGCAUUGGUUUCACCCAAAAUGAUGAAAGAAAUACGGAGGUUCUCUUAAGCCUUGGAAGACCCUAUUCAAACACAAUUCUCAACAUUGAGGAAGUUCAACGAGCUCUUCGGGAAAUGAGAAUGCCCUCAGAAAGGAUCCAAAAUCUCGGGAGGACGUUAAGGAGAUUGCAUUGGAGUGUACAAACCAUAGCCUAUAAUAGGAAUAUCGAAAACCGAAUUAUGAGUGUUCAGGAGAUGAAUAUCGAAACUGACUACGACUGGCAGAAGUUCAUCGAGAUAAUAGUUGGCCACCGCAUUCUACUCAACUUCCGGGUGGAGGUCAAGAACUUGUCCUAUCUCAUGGCAAUUAGACGGCUAAUAGAUAACGCCGACGUGGAGCUGGUGGCUUACUAUUUAAUGAGCCGACUCUUCCUCCGUCUGCAGGCGUACACUGAGGGCGGCAAAGAUCCUUUGGAUUGCAUUAAGGAUGUGCGUCGCAACAUGUACUUGGCCGCGAACCACCUCCACAAAGAACGCUUCCUGGAUAAUCUGCAAGUUCAAUCACAGGAAAUCGAACGGGUCUUCGCGCAAAUUCGACAGCAAUUGAUCUUGAAGAUCGAAAGCAAUCGCCUUGGCCUAACCGUUGAACAGAGGAUGAUGGCCGACAGGAAAGUAAAGGAUCUCGUCCUUAACAUCGGCAACAUGCCCAGGUUCCAUGAGCACUGGGACUUCACCAACGAAUACUACGAGGAUCUGGAUGUUCCUUCGGAAGACCUCGACUUUGCUCGGGAACACAUAAGGAUGCUGAAGUUUUACGUGCAAAAGGUUCUAGGACAGCUGCGCCAUUCGGAAAACGAAUUCUUCAUGCCCAACACAGAGGAAUCCACUAUAUCCAAUCCGUUCCUCGUAGGCCGACAAAACGUUAUUGUAGUGCCGUACGACCUCUUGCAGGAGCCGUUCUUUGAGCCUGAUAGUGACGAUGUGUUCAAGUAUAGUUUGAUGGGAUUCGCCCUCGCCCGAGAAUUAAUGCGUUCCGUCGACAAUACUAAUAUUCCGUUCGAUACAUACGGAAAUCUAAACAAAAUUGGAAUCGAUAUCGCUAAUUCUCCGAAAUUUCAGGAAGCUUUGCAGUGUGCGACAGAUUCAAACGAAUUGGAUAUGAACGAGCACCUGGCGGAUAUUGGAGGUCUAAAUCUCGCCUAUUCCGCCUACUUGGCUAGCCGCAACGUGAGAAUCAAUCCCUCCACGAAAGAAACCUUCUUCCGGAAUCUGGCCCAGACUUUCUGCACAGAUGGAUUCCCGGAUGCCAAUGGUCAGCACGUUGAUCAAUUACAUUUGGAGUAUAUGCUCAAGGGUUACACCCCAUUCGACAGGGCUCUAGAAUGUCUUCCAGCUUACCUUCAGUGCCAGUUUUGGUAA